AUGGCAAAGAGGUCCAGGAAGAAGAAGGAGCAGCCGGCGGCGGCGGCGGCAGAGAGCCUCCCCGAGGACCUCCUCGUCGAGGUCCUUGCGCGGGUGCCCUACAGAUCGCUCUGCCGCUUCAAGUGCGUGUCCAAAGCAUGGCGCGCCCUCUGCUCCGACCCCGGCCUCCGGAAGAGGUCGCCGCAGGCCCUGUCGGGCUUCUUCUGCUACGCUCGCAGCGACUGGAAUAACGAGCUCUGCUUCCGCAACCUGUCGGGCCGAGGCCGGCCCCUCGUCGACCCCGGCCUCCCUUUCCUGCGCGGCGCGUGGGACGGGGGCGUCCAGACCGUGGACUGCUGCGGCGGCCUCCUCCUCUGCAAGUGCUGGAAGAUACCGUCUGCCACCAGCUCCGGCGCCGACACAGAGUUCGUUGUGUCCAAUCCAGCUACGGAGAAGUGGACUGUCUUGCCUGCUAACGAGGAGCUGCUUCAGGAGAGGAACAUCAUCCAAGAUUGCACAGAUCAGCUGGUGGCAGAAGAUCCAGGAGAUCCAUCCAUGUGUGUAGACUGUGCUGGUGCACCAGAUCCAGUGGACCCUGGUGUGGCCUGA